AUGGUGUUUGUCAGGUUCAACUCCAGCCAUGGUUUCCCAGUGGAGGUCGAUUCUGACACCAGCAUCUUCCAGCUCAAGGAGGUGGUUGCUAAGCGACAGGGGGUUCCAGCUGACCAGUUGCGUGUGAUUUUCGCAGGGAAGGAGCUCAGGAAUGACUGGACAGUGCAGAACUGUGACCUGGAUCAGCAGAGCAUCGUUCACAUUGUGCAGAGACCGUGGAGAAAAGGUCAAGAAACAAACACAACUGGCAGAGGCAGCCUGGGAAGCCCCAUGGGAGGCUCUCGGAGGGAGCCCCAGAGCUUAACUCGCGUGGACCUCAGCAGCUCUCUCCUCCCGGCAGACUCCGUGGGGCUGGCUGUGAUUCUGAGCACUGAUGGCGGGAGCCAUUCUCCGCCAGCUGGAAGUCCAGGUAGACCAGUCUACAACAGCUUUUAUGUUUACUGCAAAAGCCCCUGUCAAAGAGUACAGCCAGGAAAACUCAGGGUACAGUGCAACAUCUGCAAACAAGCAACACUUACCUUGGCCCAGGGUCCAUCUUGCUGGGACGAUGUCUUGAUUCCAAACCGGAUGAGUGGCGAGUGCCAGUCUCCAAACUGCCCUGGGACGAGAGCAGAAUUUUUCUUUAAAUGUGGAGCACACCCAACCUCCAACAAGGAGACGUCAGUAGCUUUGAACCUGAUCACAACAAAUAGUCGAGACAUCACUUGCAUAACGUGCACGGAUGUCAGACACCCUGUUCUNGUUUUCCAGUGCAACUAUCGCCACGUGAUUUGCUUAGACUGUUUCCACUUAUACUGUGUGACAAGACUCAAUGAUCGGCAGUUUGUCCACGACCCCCAGCUUGGCUACACCCUGCCUUGUGUAGCUGGCUGUCCCAACUCCUUGAUUAAAGAGCUCCAUCACUUCAGGAUUCUGGGAGAAGAGCAGUACAACCGGUACCAGCAGUAUGGCGCGGAAGAGUGCGUGCUGCAGAUGGGGGGCGUGCUGUGCCCCCGCGCCGGCUGCGGAGCAGGGCUGCUGCCUGCACCAGGCCAGAGGAAAGUCGCCUGCGAAAGGGGCAGCGGCCUGGGCUGUGGGCUUGUCUUUUGCCGGGAGUGUAAAGAAGCGUACCACGACGGGGAGUGCAGCGCCCUGUUCGCAGCCUCAGGAAUGGUGACUCAGGCCUACAGAGUUGAUGAAAGAGCCGCAGAGCAAGCUCGCUGGGAAGAGGCCUCCAAGGAAACUAUCAAGAAAACCACUAAGCCCUGUCCUCGCUGCCACGUACCAGUUGAAAAGAAUGGAGGAUGCAUGCACAUGAAGUGUCCUCAGCCCCAGUGCCGGCUCGAGUGGUGCUGGAACUGCGGCUGCGAGUGGAACCGCACCUGCAUGGGGGACCACUGGUUCGACGUGUAG